AUGACGACUAACUAUUUGGUGCCAAACACUAAACCGAUUAAUGGAAAUGUGUUUCAUUCAUUCGAAAAGAUAAAUGAAAUAUUCGCAAAGAAUGACGGUAGAAGAUAUUAUAGAGAACUUGAAAGUUCAUGCUAUGACUCUGAUGCUCCAUAUUUUGAUGAUAAACAAACUCAUUUAAGAAUUACAAAUCCGGCUCAUGAUGUGAACCAAUUAGGUGACACAUAUAUUAAACGCAAAGUUAAAGCAACUCUAGUUUCAAAUAAAGCUUUCACAUGUGAUGCCGCUUUUAAAUGCAUGCGUUUAUUCGUUGGUUACAAAUCAUCAAAUCAAAGCUUUAAACAAUUAGAAGUAGAAACCGAAAGAGGUGAUGCCGGUUAUCUUCAGAUGGAUUGCGCCCGUGAAUCUUUCGCAUUUGCAACAUAUAAACCAAAAUCAGAAAGGAAAGUUAAAAAGUUUGUUCAUUCGUUAUAUAAUAAUGUUCAAAAAUAUGAUAACUCAGUAUGUGGUAAAUAUAUUGACCCUUCAGAAGUUUUCAAGAAGCAAAUGAAGAAGUUGAUGUCACUUUUGAUAUGA